UGUACCAAGGGCUACCCGUGUUGAACUGAGGAUUCUAUAAGCUCCGCUUAAACUGGAGUUUGACCAUUCCGUUUAAACUGGAGUUUGACCAUUCCGUUUCAACUGGAGUUUGACCGUUCCGCUUUAACUGGUGUUUAUGAUCACCCCGCUUAAACUGGUGUUUGUGAGCACUCCGCUUAAACUGAAGUUUGACCACUCCGCUUAAACUGAAGUUUGACCACUCCGCUUUAACUGGAGCUUGUGACCACUCCGAUAAACUUGAGUUUCUCGCCAUUCCACUUAAACAGAAGUUUCUGAUAAUCGGAUUUGGGAAAAGGGAUUAGACACCGCCGACAUGUUGUCCGUGUCGACUCUAUUACAGUUUUAUCUGUUUUCCAUGGCAACAGCACCAGCAUUUACAGAAGAACGAGUCCUGUUACUGGUGAGGGCAGGAAAUGACGUCAACAUAGAAUCCAUUUGGAAUCAGACUGGAUCGAGUUAUCCCACUGACCUUGACCCGCUCAUGACCGCUCGUGACUUGAUUCCUUUGACCUUGGUCAGAAGCACACUGAUAGAUGAUUGGGACAACCCCCCAGACAAGAUUCACAUCAGAACAUUAAAUAGCCAAGGCGACGUUUUGUGGGAGAUGGCGUUUCAGGUUCCUUUAGGGACUGGUCCGACAUUGCGGAGCUUACUCAUAGAGAGUAACAUCAUAUCAUCCUCGUCCCCGGUGACGGCUUCCACAGCCGAAAUCAGCUGGAGUAAACCGUCAUACCAACUUCAUAUCGGGAGUACAACUGGUACCGAUGUGGCUUGGCUGGGAGUUUGGGAUGGCCCCUCGGGACAGAGUCAGAACCAGUAUCCGGUUUUCCUGGUACCACGAUUUCCGGACGUCCCACCGACACUGGCGGCAGAAACCUCAAUGAAUGCCGCAUACACAUACGAAGGCUGUUGGUCAUUCAGCGCCAUGACCAAGAUAUAUGCCAUAGAGGACAUCCAGGGCAUGACUCUGCUGCAAUGCGCUUUCCAUUGCAGAGCACUCUCACAUCCGCGAAUGUUUCUAGAGAUGGGGUAUAAAUGUCAUUGCGGUGAUUUUAUUUCCUCGCCGACUGGUAGAGAUGACAGUCAGUGUAGCCUCCCGUGUAAUGGGGAUCCCUCUAACACUAACACCUGCGGGGGUAACUCCAACAUGUUUGCUACCUAUCCUGUACCAGCGGCCGUCUCUACCCAGUACGUAUACGAGGGGUGCUGGAGGACUGCCAGUCUAGACUCACAGACUUACCUCGACAAACCGUACAUGACAGUCACCUUGUGUAACAGUGUAUGUUCUCCGAGGAACAAAGCUUUAACAAUCAUACAGAACGGCCAGUCGUGCCAAUGUGGAACUUUUCGAUCGACCGACCCCAACGACAGAAAUGACCCCUUGUGUGUGACGUCAUGCCCAGGCGCCUCGACGUUUGAGCCAUGCGGUGGAAAUGGCAUGGCGUCCGUUUACCUAACAGAUUCCGGGACCGUCAAUCAAGAACUACCUAGCACCAAUCUAUCGAGUUCUAAUUUGACGACUACGGUGCCGUCUGCAUCUGAUAUAUUGGUCAACGUAACUGGGAUGACAGGAGUUGCGGUGUCAUAUGUGAUGUCAAUCACGGUGACGUCAUCAUCUCCAGGCCAGUACGAACUGUAUUACAACUCCGAAGGCUGCUCGUCUCUUCAUCGGAAACCACAUACAACCGGAAACAACUCCACGUCCAUAUUUCUGUUGUCAGCCGUUGAGGAGCUGGAUACAUUGUUUCACUUUCUUCCUCACCAGAUAUUUCUGUUGUCAGCUGUUGAGGAGCUGGAUACAUUGUUUCACUUUCUUCCUCACCAGAUAUUUCUGUUGUCAGCUGUUGAGGAGCUGGAUACAUUGUUUCACUUUCUUCCUCUCCAGAUAUUUCUGUUGUCAGCCGUUGAGGAGCUGGAUACAUUGUUUCACUUUCUUCCUCUCCAGAUAUUUCUGUUGUCAGCCGUUGAGGAGCUGGAUACAUUGUUUCACUUUCUUCCUCUCCAGAUAUUUCUGUUGUCAGCCGUUGAGGAGCUGGAUACAUUGUUUCACUUUCUUCCUCCCCAGAUAUUUCUGUUGUCAGCCGUUGAGGAGCUGGAUACAUUGUUUCACUUUCUUCCUCCCCAGAUAUUUCUGUUGUCAGCCGUUGAGGAGCUGGAUACAUUACCAGUAUGCUGUAUGUGGAUUUCGCUCCAGACACCAGUGGACACUGAUCCUUUCCAGAUUCAAAUCAGCUUUCUGAA